GAGGACGCGCAGCCCGGCCCGAUGAGCAGCCGCGAGGAUACCCAGCGAGCCGUGGCGAUCCUGGCCCGCUAUCGGGGCAUUCUGCAGUUCCCGGCCGAGCAGCCUCUGCGAGCCUCGAUCGAGAAAGUGACCCGUAUAUUUCAGAGCGAGCUUUUCCAGGCCCUGCUGGACAUCCAGGAGUGCUAUAAGCUGAGCGUGCUCCCUGCUUGCCAGCAAAAUGGAUCAGCUGGUCUGGGGCCCGGGGGCCCCUCCAAGAGCCAGGAUGUUGCUGACCCAGGGGGCCAAGAGGGCCACCCACUACAGGGAAGAGCAACGGGGGCCGUAGAGGCAGAACCGGUGCCCCAGUUGGUGAGAGUGACCCAGGGCAGGAUGGAGAUGCCUGCACAAGUCUGCAGCCUGGUGGUGGUGGGGGUCAGCGGCGUCUUGCCCAAGGUAAACCAGACAGGUAGUGAUGUUUAUUUAGAAAGUGGAUCCAAGACCCAAGAACAGAUUCCAGUGGACAUCUAUGCAAUGACUAAAGUUGUAGAUGAGACCUUUACUUCAGAGUUUUUGUUCCUAUGCUCAAAUGCAGAGAUUCAUUUACAACUUAAUAUUCCUUGGAUAUUCCAAAAUCUUCUUGUCAAUUAG